UUUAAAGUAUGUUCUACGUUUUUGAGCCGUUACUCUUUGCGUGGUGCUACACAACUGGAACGAAUCGCUGCCUGAAAGGUUACACGGAGGAAAUAUUAGCCCCUUGUUCCCUUUCAGCCUUAAACUUUUCCCCGCUUCACUCCUUCAGUAGCUUCCGUUAAACAUGGCGGCGAAAGAUGCUGUAAACAACGACAAAAGUGAUGUCGAGUCUAUCGUCAACCGGUGGCUGGUCGACUAUUAUGUGUUUCGGGCGAUGGACAUGUUUAAAAAGGAGGAUUACGAGGGUUUCUGCGGCGUUAGAGACGUACUUAAAAGUGUCUUGGAACGUCCUGUGGAGCUCACUGAUGUCAUGCCAACAAAGAUUCGAGUCUUGGAGCUUCUCUCUCGAAUAAAUGAGGGUGAAAAACUUGACCUGUCAUUCGAAUCCGAUCCGUCAGUAACUCCUCUGGAAUCAGCCUUAGUAUUGCUGAAAAAAAUGAACCAGGAAUGCAGCAUCCCGCCACAGGAUUUUGACAAUGUGAAGGCAUCAAUUACAGAGAUGAUUGUGGGGAUUUUCAUUAAGAACAACAAAUUUGACAAAGCACAAGAGAUGCUCAACAAGCACUUUCCCAGAAAAGUGUCUGGCAAGAAAGCUAUAUUCAUGGAUCUCAUCCGUCAGAAGCGUAAAAUCCAUGAAGUCAUCGAGCAAAUGAACUUCCAACGGUUCCGGGAGGAGAUGCUGGCUUUUUGCCAGAAGCUCUGUCAGUUCACUGUUCCCUUUCUCCACAAGGCUGCAGAACAGCUUAUUGAUGAAAGAACUGUGGACCAAGACGACAAAGCAGCUGGAACUGAUGAGCAAGCAAAACCCGGCCCAUCCUCUCAUGUACAAGGAAACGCUGUCCAGUUUGCACAACGCUUAUCUUCCAGUAAAUAUUCAGUUAUCCAGAGGGCCAGGCUAGAAGUGGCCUUCAAAGCCUUGGCUGCAGCUUCCGAAAACACAUUUGCUCAGUUGGAGGAAGAAGUGGAGAGAGAGGCGCGGGAAAGAGAGGAUCUUGGCUUGCUACGCCCUGACCCUAAGAGGGGCACCAACCUGGACUCAGAGCCGGAAGGGCUGUUUCAGAGAGACUCAGGCAGCCCCUUGGAAGCUUCCCCAGCAGACCUACCACCACAAACAGAUGCUGCUUCUCAUACUCAGGCAUGUUCCAUCUCAAAGACACCCUCUGGUCUGUGGAGCGGCCAGCUUUAUACUGUGCCACGGCUGGUGGUCGAACCAGACAGUCAGGUAAGCUCCCAGUGCACAACAGCUUCUCUGGAACAAGGGCCCGACGUCAGAACAGAAAAGCCACCAAAGACACUGACUAGAGCCAAUAAAAAAGACCUGCAGUGCCCAAUUACAGACCGCGAAGUUGACAUGCCCAUGCGAAAGUGCCCCAGACGAUCCAACAGAAAGUACCGCAGAGUUUCAGCUAAUACAUCUGAGCUGUCAAUAGACAGUACGGAGGACUCCUCUGACUCUGUGGCCGACAUGGAAAGUGAUGGCAGGGAACUCCACAACCAGUCAAACAGUUCAUCCAAAAGAAAGUGCAAGAGGCCAAAACGGUUAUCAUCAGACAGCGAGGAACACCUGCUGCAGCUGUCGGCCUCCUCCGACUCUUCAGGAGAUUCUCCGAGCAAGGAUCCAGGUAAUGUGGAGGACAUCUGCACCACAGACUCGUCACUGGAGAGCUCACCCAGUCGUCACACUGGCCCUCAAACAAGCUCUACUCCUCACAAGGACUCAGCUCAAAGCAGUCGUCCUUCCCAUUCAAAAUGGAAACAACUGUUCGCUAAUGCAAAAGAAAGCAAGGACACAUGGACCGAUGAGGAUUCAUAUUUCACCUCCGCAAAGAACAGUGGUAGAUCGAAUGAGAGCGUCGUUUCACAUUCAGGCCAAAGGAGGACGUGGACUGAGAAAGAGACGCAGAACUUAAAAGACGGAGUCAAAACGUUUGGAGAGGGCAACUGGAAGCAGAUAAGGUCAUAUUAUUCCUUCAAUGAUCGAACGAACGUCAACCUCAAGGACCGAUGGAGAACAUUGAAGAGGCUAAACAUGGUCUGACGUCCUCAAAAGAAUGUUAUUUCCAGUUAUUUUCCUUACCGAGUACCUUUUUACACGUUUAAUCAUGUUAAAUGUCAAGCUAAUUAAAUAAAUUGACAUGUUUUACAAUUCUAA